CUCUCUCUCUCUCCCAGAUCGAGGCUCUGCUCUCAUUCUUUCUAUCUGUGUCUCUCAUUUCCACUCUCCAGCCAGCCGGGGGACCCUCAGGGUCGAAGGUUUUGCCCUGCGUACACCAACCUCCACCUUCCAGCCUUUCUCUUAACCAGCUCUCUCAAAUCCCCCAUGGAUCGGUUCCUCUCCCAGCACUGAAGGCAUCCCUAGGACACACAGCAGCAGCCAGAAAAAGAAAGAAAUCUUUAGUGUUGAUGAGGAGAUCCUUGGGUUCAGAAGUUGGCUGGAACACAAUGCCCACCACCAUUCUUGACUCUGGAAAGUUGUAAAUUGCUCAUGUCUAUAAGGAGGAAGGAUGGCUCAUGGAAUUCCUUCACAAGGCAAAGUUACUAUAACAGUAGAUGAAUACAGCUCAAAUCCAACCCAGGCAUUUACACACUACAACAUCAACCAGAGCAGGUUCCAGCCUCCACAUGUACAUAUGGUCGACCCUAUCCCAUAUGACACUCCAAAACCAACGGGCCACACGCGAUUUGUCUGCGUCUCAGACACACACUCCAGAACAGAUGGCAUCCAGAUGCCUUAUGGGGACAUCCUUCUCCACACAGGCGAUUUCACCGAGCUGGGACUGCCCUCCGAGGUUAAGAAGUUUAAUGACUGGUUAGGAAGCCUGCCAUAUGAAUAUAAAAUAGUGAUUGCUGGGAAUCAUGAACUGACAUUUGAUAAGGAAUUCAUGGCAGACCUUGUUAAACAGGAUUACUACCGCUUUCCCUCUGUGUCCAAAUUGAAACCAGAGGACUUUGACAAUGUUCAGUCACUCCUGACAAACAGUAUUUACUUGCAAGAUUCAGAAGUAACAGUUAAAGGAUUCCGAAUAUACGGUGCCCCAUGGACACCAUGGUUUAAUGGAUGGGGCUUUAACCUACCCAGAGGUCAGUCUUUGCUGGACAAGUGGAACCUUAUCCCUGAGGGCACUGAUAUCCUAAUGACACAUGGACCUCCUCUUGGUUUUCGAGACUGGGUCCCAAAGGAGCUGCAAAGAGUUGGCUGUGUGGAACUGUUGAACACUGUGCAAAGGCGAGUAAGGCCCAAACUCCAUGUCUUUGGUGGAAUUCAUGAAGGUUAUGGCAUUAUGACAGACGGUUACACAACGUACAUCAAUGCCUCAACAUGUACGGUCAGCUUUCAACCAACCAAUCCUCCAAUUAUAUUUGACCUUCCAACCCCUCAAGGAUCAUGAAGCACUACUGCACAGCUAAGUGGGGAAGGUCUAUAAACUGCCAUUUUUCUAAUUAUAAAACUUACAUUCUCUUACAUGUUUAUUUCCAAAAUUGUGGGUUUUUUGUAAAUUGCUGGUACAAAAAAGAAAAAGAGGCUGUGCUUUUUGGAAAUGCAGCAUCCAUUUUAAAUUGAUACAGCAUUGUGAAUUUGUAAAAUGAACUUUUUUUGUUUUCUCAAACUUGCCAUUGUAAAAUCGUUAUAGUAUUCUCAAAAGGACAGCCAAGCUUUCUUUUAAGAAGUGAGAGACCUUAUUUUAAUAUUAUAUUAUAAGCUAAAAAGGCAGCAUUAAAA